UGGGCGCUAUACAAACCACACCCUUCAAUAUUUUACCCCUCGAAACGAUCUGCCUCGCCGCACUUCUGUCAGCUUCCCCUUCUCUGUCCCUCUGAACUUCCCAUCUCUGUCCCUCUUCGGGCCUCCCUUCCAUGGUCUCUCUUCGACCAACCGUCGACGAAGAGAAAGCUCGUGAAGCCUGUGAAAUUUCUAGGUCGAACCCACAGCCGCCCUCAUUCGAUCGCUAUUAUCACAUUGAAGCCACAAAUUAUUUAUUAAACAGGGUUUCCAGCUUUCACCCUAUCAAUUUCUGGGAAGUCAGCUGUAGAGGUGAUUCCAAGGGACACUGCAGUGAAAGUUAUCAAAUGCUACCUUUCUCUCUCUUUGUCACCUCUCUCUGUUUGUUCUGAUAGAGAUGAUGCUUUGGUAAUCUAAUUAAUGUUGGGAGGGAGUCAGCCAUGUCCAGAUUGCUCCUUCGCAGACUAAACCCAUUCCUUUCUCACUCUACCCCUUUCUCUCUCCUCAAAUCAACACCUUUUCCUUCUCUCUCUGACCCUUUCUCUCUUCCCAAAUUAAUGCCGUUCCUUUCUCACUCUACGCCUCUUCCACCCAGUCUCCUCUUUCACCAGAAGAAUUAUUCUCAACAAGAAUCAUCCAAGCCAGAAGAUGCCAUCCACCUUACUGAAAAUUGCAUUCGGAGAAUGAGAGAGUUGCAUGCGAAGGAAAUAUCUGGUGGGGAACAAAUGCUUCGGUUGAGUGUGGAGACUGGAGGCUGUUCUGGAUUUCAAUAUGUGUUUUUGCUUGAUGAUAUGCAGAACCCUGACGAUAGAGUUUUUGAGAAGGAUGGUGUGAAGCUGGUGGUGGAUAACAUUUCUUAUGACUUUGUCAAAGGUUCUACUGUUGACUAUGUGGAGGAGCUCAUUCGUUCUGCAUUCCAAGUAACCACGAAUCCAAGCGCAGUUGGAGGAUGUAGUUGCAAAAGCUCUUUCAUGGUGAAAUAGAGAUGAUUGAUGGGCGUUGAGAGUUUGUGAUCAGAUCUACUCUUUUACUAUAACACAUAAUCAAUUCAUGUUUAUUUGUGGGUGAAAUAAUUGAGCAAACUUAUUCUUUGUAUAAUGCUGCUAAAUUCGGGAUGUUUAUUUUCAAAGUAUAACACUUUUGUCGGUCCAUUUCGAUAUAAUUAAGCAUCCUUUGAGUAUCUGCUGUAAAGAAGAGGGGGACAAUAUUUGUAGUUCUAAACUUCUUCUGAUCUUAUUCUUUGUAUAAUGCUGCUAAAUUCGGGAUGUUUAUUUUUCAAAGUACAACAUUUUGGUAGGUCCAUUUCGAUAUGAUUAAGCAUCCUUUGAGUA